GGCCGAGGCUGUCACUCCCGGGCGGUUUCCCUGAGGCCGGCGCUCUGCUGGGGGCGGGAGGAAGAGGGGCCGGACUGGGGCCUGACUAGCCGUCGUUGCUACCGCCGUCUUCGCGGCUACUAUGACCAGCGGGCGAGGCCCCCUCUGCAGCUCCGCGCAGCUCUAGUUGGGGCCGUGCGCCCGCCGUAGCCGUCUGGGUCCCCAGUGCGGCCGCUCCCGCGGCUCCCUCGGCUCUUUCAGCGCCGCCUGCGAGGCGAGGCGGAGGCAGGAUGAAGAUGACUGUGGAUUUCGAGGAGUGUCUGAAGGACUCGCCCCGCUUCAGGGCUGCUUUGGAAGAAGUAGAAGGCGAUGUGGCAGAAUUGGAACUGAAACUUGAUAAGCUUGUGAAGCUUUGUAUUGCGAUGAUUGAUACUGGAAAAGCCUUUUGUGUUGCAAAUAAACAGUUCAUGAAUGGGAUUCGAGACCUGGCACAGUAUUCUAGCAAUGAUGCUGUAGUUGAGACAAGUUUGACCAAGUUUUCUGACAGUCUUCAAGAAAUGAUAAAUUUUCAUACAAUCCUAUUUGACCAAACUCAGAGAUCAAUUAAGGCACAGCUUCAGAACUUUGUUAAAGAAGAUCUUAGAAAAUUCAAAGAUGCCAAGAAGCAGUUUGAAAAAGUCAGUGAAGAAAAAGAAAAUGCAUUAGUAAAAAAUGCUCAAGUACAAAGAAAUAAACAGCAUGAAGUUGAAGAAGCCACAAAUAUUCUGACAGCAACAAGAAAAUGUUUUCGACACAUAGCCCUUGAUUACGUACUUCAGAUUAACGUCCUUCAAUCAAAAAGGAGAUCAGAAAUCCUGAAAUCAAUGUUAUCCUUUAUGUAUGCCCAUUUGGCCUUCUUUCAUCAAGGAUAUGAUCUGUUUAGUGAACUUGGGCCCUACAUGAAGGAUCUUGGUGCCCAGUUGGAUCGACUGGUUGUGGAUGCAGCAAAGGAGAAAAGAGAGAUGGAGCAAAAGCAUUCCACCAUUCAACAAAAGGAUUUCUCCAGUGAUGAUUCUAAGUUAGAAUAUAAUGUAGAUGCUGCAAAUGGCAUUGUUAUGGAAGGAUAUCUGUUCAAACGAGCCAGCAAUGCUUUCAAAACUUGGAACAGGAAAAAGCCCGAUCAUAUCAGACGCUGGUUUUCAAUACAGAACAAUCAGUUGGUUUACCAGAAAAAGUUUAAGGAUAAUCCCACUGUGGUGGUGGAGGAUCUAAGGCUCUGCACAGUGAAACAUUGUGAAGACAUAGAACGCCGCUUCUGCUUUGAGGUGGUUUCCCCAACAAAAAGUUGUAUGCUUCAAGCAGAUUCUGAAAAGCUGCGCCAGGCAUGGAUUAAGGCUGUUCAGACCAGUAUAGCUACUGCUUAUAGAGAGAAGGGUGACGAAUCAGAGAAGCUGGAUAAGAAAUCAUCUCCAUCCACAGGAAGCCUGGAUUCUGGAAAUGAGUCAAAGGAUAAAUUAUUGAAAGGAGAAAGUGCAUUGCAGCGAGUCCAGUGUAUCCCUGGCAAUGCCAGCUGCUGUGACUGUGGUCUGGCAGACCCGCGGUGGGCCAGCAUCAACCUGGGAAUCACCCUGUGUAUCGAGUGCUCUGGGAUUCACCGGAGUCUUGGAGUUCAUUUUUCAAAAGUACGCUCUUUAACUUUAGAUACCUGGGAGCCUGAACUUUUAAAGCUUAUGUGUGAGUUGGGGAAUGAUGUCAUAAAUAGAGUUUAUGAAGCUAAUGUGGAAAAAAUGGGAAUAAAGAAACCACAACCAGGACAAAGACAGGAGAAAGAGGCGUAUAUCAGAGCAAAAUAUGUGGAGAGGAAAUUUGUGGAUAAAUAUUCUAUAUCAUCAUCACCUCCUGAGCAGGGAAAAAAGAUUGACUCCAAAAGUUAUGAAGAAAAGAGAUUGAGCAUUUCUAAACUUGGACCAAGUGAACAAGUCAGAGCAUUUCCCCAAAGUUCAGUCAGAAGUAAUGACAGUGGAAUCCAGCAGAGCUCUGAUGAUGGAAGAGAAUCUUUACCCUCCACAGUGUCAGCCAAUAGUUUAUAUGAGCCUGAAGGAGAAAGGCAAGAUUCUUCUAUGUUUCUCGACUCUAAACAUCUUAAUCCAGGACUCCAGCUUUACAGGGCUUCCUAUGAGAAGAAUCUUCCUAAAAUGGCUGAGGCUUUGGCUCAUGGUGCAGACGUGAAUUGGGCAAAUUCCGAGGAAAAUAAAGGAACACCGCUUAUCCAGGCUGUAUUAGGGGGCUCUUUGGUGACAUGCGAGUUUCUCCUUCAGAAUGGUGCUAAUGUGAAUCAAAGAGAUGUGCAAGGGCGGGGACCACUGCACCAUGCCACCGUCUUAGGGCACACGGGGCAGGUGUGUUUAUUCCUAAAACGAGGUGCCAAUCAACAUGCCACUGAUGAAGAAGGGAAAGACCCUUUGAGUAUAGCUGUGGAAGCAGCCAAUGCUGAUAUAGUGACUUUGUUACGUUUAGCAAGAAUGAAUGAAGAGAUGCGGGAAUCAGAAGGACUUUAUGGACAGCCAGGUGAUGAAACUUACCAGGACAUUUUUCGUGAUUUCUCCCAAAUGGCAUCCAAUAAUCCAGAGAAACUAAAUCGUUUCCAGCAAGAUUCACAGAAAUUUUGAAUUUUCUCAAGAAGGGGGAAAAUAUUAAAUCUGGUGACUCCCUAAUGUAUACAUCUGAAAACUCACAAAUUUUUACUGCUUUAAUUCUUACUUAAUUUUAGUAGAUAUUGAGUGACUUGGAAAAAAGGUACUCAUUCAUUGAUAUUUUUAUAAAUCAAAACAUAAAUCUCUAGUAGUUGGGAGAGGAACCUACAUUAAGACCUCUUUUAUUUUAAAAAUAAAAGCCUGUUUAAAGGGCUGCUUUUUAUAGCUAAAAAUUGAAUCUAGACUUCAGCCGUCUCUAUGUUAUAAGAUGCUAAGAGUUUAGACAAAAAUCUCUUUUUUUGCCAAUGGGUGGUAGCAUUGAUUUUUUUUUUUUAUUCUGUGCAUCGUGCCCAGAACCAUUCAGUCAAGCACGUCUGCAGCAAGUGGGAGUCUGAUGUCCUGCCUGAGUCAAGAGUACGUCUUUGCUUUAGCUUCCGUGAUGCUGGUGAUUCAGAAAUAGUUUUUUUGUUUUUUGAUAGCCUACCUAUCAUAUACACAAUAUGCGAUUUAGCUGUUAGAACUAGAGAAUAUGUUUCCCCCGUUUGCCCAUAAAUGCAGUUAUAUUCCUCAGCUAUUGUCCAGGAGUUUAACAUCCAUAUAAUGGCUAUACAGAUAGAUAUAACUUAGUCUUUUAGGUUUAUUCCAUUUUAUGAAGCAAAAAGAAGCCCUUAACAAAAAAAAUUUUUUUUUAAUUACCCAAAGAAUCUCAGUUAUAGAAGUUGUAGUUCUUCAUUAUUGGGUUGAUUUCCUAAAACCUUGACAAAUUUAUUGAUGUAAUAAAACUGUUUCAAAGAUUACUUGAAUGUUACAAAAUUAUGCUUUCAUCAGAUUGUAACUAUCAAAGGAAAAGUUGAUUUAUAAAAUACAGAACAUUUUUAUAUUUGCAAUUUGUCCUUUUCAAGAUAUAUUUUUUGCUAUUGCUCCUAGUAAAAGGAAAAAUCUCUGUAAAAGGAGAAAAAAUACUCAAGUUUUUUUAGUCUAUACUAAAAUAUAUAGCAAUAAAUUGCUUUUUAAUUUUUCUAACAUCUAUUAUGUGUACUUGUACACAUUGUACAUUCUUUUAAGUUGUAGCAUCUAUAUAGCUUUUGUGUUUGGUUACAUGAAUAAUAGACCCUUGAAUUCCAAAAUAUUAUGGAUAUUAUGCUACAAAUUAGUUUGAUUCUUUGAUGUAUCACGUUAGGAGUAUAAUAUAAUUGAGUAAUUUGCCUUAUGAUUUCUUUCUAGUAUUAUCAACAAUUAAUUUUCAGUUUCUUUUCCAAGUUACAUGUAAAUAAUAUUAUUGAUACUCAGUUUCUAAGUAAGAGAGGUUUUUAAACUUGAGUUAUCAAAUAAGUAGAGAAAUUCAUUGAGUAGAGGAUAAAUUUUCUAACAUUUUCCCACCAGUAAGGAGAGUUUUCGAAGUUGACUGAACAUCAAAUCAGAAUCUGUCUAAACAGGAACUAUACUGAAAUAAAUUAAUGUCACAGAAAAGGUUCUAUAUUUGGCCAGAUUGCGUACAUAUAAUGCUUAUUUAGUAAUAAUCACUGUGCAUGAGAUAAGGAUAAAAAUAUAUUUAUGAAUUAUUUCUAAAGAAACACUGACUUCCAAAGCCUAGUAUUUUAAUUACAACAAUAACAAGAAUAUUGAAUCUUUCCUGUUCCACCUCAGAUCACCUGGCUUUGCAGAAGUCUGAUUUGUAGCAUUUUUAUUAAUGUACUUUGAAACUAGUAGUCUGAAAAGCUCAAGAAUAAGGAAAUAUGUUGAAAAAAGAAAAGAAAGAAAGUAAGAAAGGAAAGAGAGCCUCACUUUUCGUUUGCAGUGCCUAUUCCUUUUUUUGUCCUAGGACUUCAUCUGAGGAAGCCUAGGCCAUUUUUCCUUUUGGAUCCAGCCUUUGGUCUUCAGAUCAUUUCUGGGAUCUCUGGUUGUGAAAGCAAUUCUUUAUGACAUUCUUAACUCCUGUGGCUUCAGUGUUGAGUUGAUAAUGUGGCAGUAAUUAGUGUCUACUUAAAUUUAAUGUACUAGACGUUAGAGAUAUAUUUCAAGUGCACUAAAUAUGAUUAUGGUUCUGAACAUCUUCAGAGAAGGUGAAAUCUUUUAACAGUACAGGGAGCCUGUAUAUACAAAAGUACACUUACGUAGCUUGAUUUCUUGAAUAGGCUAAGACUCAAUUUGGAUUAAAUUUGGCAAAAAUGAUGCAGUACUGAGAGCAAGACUUUAAAUUAACGGUUACAUGCAGUUACAGAGUAGCUCUUAACAAGGUGAAUUUAGAUGUGUCAGCUAAUAGCUUUUCUAUAGUAUGUAACAAAUCUGUUUCCUUAUGUUGUGAAUUAUUCACUACAAGAUGAUAAAUUAUAGUAUAAACAAUGUUAAUCAUACUCUUGGAAUUUAUAAGUCAAUUUGAUUGUCCUUUGUCUUCUUUUCCUAACUGAUCUGCUGAUAUUAGUUUCUGAUUCCUUAUCAUUAUUCCAUUAGCUCAUUAUCAUUAGCUCAUUAACUUGAAAGUUAGAUUAAUCUCAAAAUAAGAAUAGCAGUACUAAGUAUGAGGAGUUCAUAAAAUGCGGUUUCAUGUUAGAACCAGACUAAAGGUAACUGAAUAGUUCUGUGCGGUUUUUCAUUGUAACACUUACAUGUUUAAGAUUUCUAAAGUUUUAAAAUUUUAGUACAAUCCUUAGAAAUUCAGAAGUUUCCAGGGAUUCACUACAUUACAGUGUUUGUCUAAUUUAUACUGAUCUUCACUAUAGAUGUUAAUGUACUUUGAUGUUUACUUUCUAAAACAUACAGAUUAAUUUGGAAUAUGUACUUUGGUUCUUAAAGAGUGCAUUUGGAAAAAAAAUUAUACUUUCACAAUCUGGACAACUUAACUUUUGUGAUAUGUUAAGUAGUAUUUUAAAAAUACAGUUUUAUAUAAGUAAAGUGUGGUUACAAUAAGCCAAAUUAUAUUUAGGACUAAAUUUACUAUCCAUUUUGAAUAAUAAGACAUUCCCAUAUCGCUCUUAUAUUGUCAAAUUAAAUUUUCUGUUUGGUAGCACUUUUAACCAUGGAUAUGAGCUGGAAAAAUGAUAUAUUUUCAUAGAAUUGUCUGUCCAGGAUAACUUGAGACCUGCACGAUACAGUGGAAAGAGCACUGACUAAUACUUACUGCUCUUUUUGGAUUCAGAGCUCCUCACAAAUAAAAUGAAUGGGAUGAAACAAGGUGAAACUAUAACAACAUCCCUUCGUAUACUGUGCUGCUGCUCACAGUGUACUUUGAUGUUACCUUGAAGGAUUCUCACAGCAGGACUUCUGAGACAUUAAUCUUGGAGCACCAACAUUGUCUCUUUGAUCCUGGGCUGCUGCUCUUGUUUUACAGCGCAGGUCACUGGUUUGCGGGUUGGUGGCACAGCUGACACCAUUUAUGUCAUGACACCAUGAGUGACUGCUAGUCAGAGGCAUUUUGCUCCUGUCAUGAAAUGAUUUGAAAUCAUUGUAAAGCAACAAAAUCUGAUAAUGACUGCCAGCUUUCCUUGUGUUUUGAUAACAAAUACUCCAAAUAUUCUGGAGAACUUGGGUAUAAAAUUACUUUGAAGGAAUAGACUAGGAUUUGAAGACAUUAAAUUGUAGGAAAUUUUAUGUUUUUACAGUAACAAACAUUAAUGAAAGGAAAACAUUAUAAAGGUAAUUUUAAUUCUCCAUAUGCUUAUCAGUUUCUUGAUGCUUCUAAAGGAAGACAACUAAAAGGGGCAUGGAUUCAGAUUGGCUAAAUCUUGACAUCUAUAAACAUGAUUUGUGAACAUCCUUUUCUGUUUACAUAUAUUUAUCUACUAAAAUGAGAUAAUGGGAGGGAAGCAAGGUUUGAUUAAAUAAACUUUUCUCUCCAUUGGUCUUUUCACUAUCUUAUGUACUAGAUUUUCUUAUUUUUCCUCAACACACCUCCCCACCUUUUGGAUGUUAAUUUUAAACAGGGAAAGCUCACUACAUUAUGAAGAAUGUUGGCACCAAUUAUUUUACACAAAGGCUAACGGUUAACUUUUGGAAAUGAUGAGCUACUUUUCUAUAUUUGUUUACUUGUGCUUUGUGAUAUUUCUGGAUCAUUCCAGUCAUAAAGACUUAUUACAUGUAAUAUUUCUUGCUACCUGUGAAAAAGUAUAUUUUAAAGAAUGUAUAACCAACCAUCCAUUUACUUUUUAUUAGUAGGUAGAGAAUUUGUUUGUAUCUAAUUCAUGAAUGUAGUUUCACUGUAGGAUGUCAUUGUAAAUGGAGCAAAGUACGUUAUCUUUAUAGUUAUUCUAAAUGUACAUUAUGUAAGAAUUGUAAAUAUUAUACCUGAUUAAAUACUUUGUAUGCUGAGAAAUUAUGUUAAGUCAAUAAAAAUCUCACUGCUGGCAUAGUUCUUUUA